AUGGAGGAAGUUGUUGGGAAGGCGCUUGCUGAUUGGACCGAAGUGAGGUACCUAGGGGCACUGGGGCACCCGAACCUGGUGCAGCUGGUGGGGCACUGCAAGGAGGGGCCCCCUGGAGCGCUGGGCCAUCCAAAUCUGACCGAAGUGAGGUACCUAGGAGGACUGGCGGUGCGGCUGGUGGGGUACUGCAUGGAGGGGGGUGAAGCUAUUCUGUGUGCCUUCCCUCUCCCCUCCCCUCUCCCUUCUGUGCAGACCGAAACCGAAGUGAGGUACCUAGGAGCGUUGGGGCAUCUGAACCUGGUGCGGCUGGUGGGGUACUGCAUGGAGGGCGAGCACCUGAUAGCUUAUUGCCCUAACCUCCUCUCCACCGUUUCCCACCCCUCCAGACCGAAGUAUCUAGGAGCGUUGGGGCAUCCGAACCUGGUGCGGCUGGUGGGGUACUGCAUGGAGGGGGAGCAUCGCCUGCUGGCAUACGAGCUCAUGGAGUAUGGCAGCUUGGAAAGAUACCUCUUCCGCCGCAACGUGACCCCUCUCCCCUGGAACAUCCGUAUGAAGGUCGCUCUGCAUGCUGCUAGAGGACUCGCCUACCUGCAUGAGGAGACGGAGGCGCAGGUCAUCUACAGAGAUUUCAAGGCGUCUAACAUUCUCGUCGACAGGGAGUUUAAUGCAAAGCUAUCAGACUUUGGGCUGGCUAAGGAUGGGCCAGUGGGCAGCGAUACACAUGUGUCCACACGGGUCAUGGGCACAUACGGCUAUGCUGCUCCCGAAUACAUGCUCACAGGCCAUCUGACUGCCAAAUCUGAUGUCUACAGCUUCGGUGUUGUCCUUCUAGAGAUCAUCUCCGGGCGGCGGGCAGUCGAGCGAAACUUUCCGCCCGGGCAGCAGAACAUCGUGGAGUGGUCGGCGCCGUUCUUUGCCGACCGUCGGAUGCUCGUGAAGAUCGUCGAUCAACGGCUGGAGAACCAGUUCUCGGUGAAAGGGGUGGUCAAGGCGGCCAGACUGGCCUAUAACUGCCUGAAAAAAGACCCCAAGGAAAGACCCCUCAUGUCUGAUGCUGUUCAGACCCUCUCUGUGCUUCAAAACUUGACCGACUUCCCCCCACCAUUACCAGUGGUACCACCAGCACCAUCAGCAUCACCACCGCCAGCAGCAGCAGCACAGUCAGCAACAACAGGCACAGCUUAG